ACCAGUCAUUGUUAUAGCGUUCACUAUUGAUAUUCGAUAAAUACGUGACAAGCCUUCAAGGGAAUACGGAAAAUGGGGCUAUUUGAUCGUUUAGCAAAUCUUUUAGGUUUUAGGAAAAAAGAAGUAAACGUUUUAGUAGUGGGCCUUAAUAAUAGUGGUAAGUCGACGGUCAUAAAUAAUUUCAAACGCGAGGAUGACCGUUGCAUAGACAUAGUACCCACUGUUGGGUAUAAUGUUGAAAAAUUUUCAUUUAAAAAUAUUAGUUUCACGGCAUUUGAUAUGUCAGGUCAUGAUCGUCAUAGACCAUUAUGGGAACAUUAUUAUAAAGAUUGCCAUGGUAUUAUCUUUAUCAUCGAUAGCAGCGACAAAUUACGAUUGGUUGUUGUCAAAGAAGAAUUAGAUAUGCUUCUCCAACAUCCAGAUGUAGCUGGACGUAAAAUACCGAUUCUCUUUCUGGCAAAUAAAAUGGACUUGCCUGAUUCUUUAACCACUGUCAAACUUGUUGCUGGGCUUGGUCUUGAUCGUAUACAGAACAAACCCUGGCAUAUACGAGCGACAAAUGCAAUUACUGGAGAAGGUUUACAGUUAGGCAUAGAAUGGCUUACAGAUCAAAUUCGUGACAUAUAUAUAAAUAAAAGAUAAAAUAAAUUUAAUGUAUCCGAUGCUUUAAUGCUCGUGAAAGUUAAGCAGACAACAAAUUAAUUGAUUAUAUAGUCUGUUUGAAAUUCGACAUUUAAAUAUUUCAGACAGCGAUUUCAUGAAUGAAAUUGAAAUAGAGAAUGAAUGAACAUUAUAUACUCACGUGACUCUAGUCAUCAACGAAUCUGUUCAAUAAUAGACGAAUGUACAUAUGUACAUUGAA